CGACAUCAUUGGCACAACAAUCUCACAUGGCUGGCGAGCUGCAUUCUCACAUGGCUGGAGUAUCCUUGUUGGAUAAGCAAUAUACCUGCGAACGUCAACUGGUUCCUUCGCCCCUGAAGAUGAUAAGCGGUAGUCCUGCCCAGGCUUCAGAAACUCGUCAAUGCGAAGUUGAAUUGUUCGUCAUUCGGGUUCAACAUGAGUUCACCAAAAAAGCUGUUUUGCCUCCAUUGGAUGUGUGGAAACGUGUCUUGGAUCGUGGCUCAUUCCGGUUUGCCUCGUUGGAUGUGACCAUCAAGCGUCGUGGGCUGUUCGGAAUUGAACGUGCGGUGUCCUAUGGCAUACAUACAUGUGUUCUGAGCAAGCAAGGUCAUCUGGUCAUCUAUACGGACAAUUGGAAGCACGAGGGCUUCACCGUUAAUCUGAGCAAGGCUGCAAGAACGGAAUUCAAAUGCAAAACUCAGAAGGUAAAAAUUUAGAAAAGUAAAUACAAUUA